AUGCCACCUAGAAAACGAAAUAUUACACCGUCUAGAGAUGGAGCAAUUCGUCGAAAAACGUCAAAUGAAGAAACUGAGAGUAUAGAAGUUGUAUGCCGUUUAUGCCCUUAUUCGGGGCAAAACCCAUGCAUCGUUCCAAUCGAUGACAACAGAGUUCAAACUGUUGUGCCACCGCCGCAGUACCGGAGAGAAAAUGCUCCAACGGUGGAGAAAAUCUUCUCAUUUGGUCGCGUUUUCGAUGAGAAUGAUGGUCAAGCGACUGUUUUCGAAAGGACUUCAAUAGAUUUGAUAUUGAAUUUGAUGCGAGGCCAGAAUUCUCUAUUGUUCACCUAUGGCGUCACUGGAAGUGGAAAGACUUUCACAAUGACAGGCAAACCGACGGAAAAUGAAACCGGUCUAUUGCCGAGAACGCUAGAUGUUAUAUUUAAUAGCAUUCACAAUAAAGUUGAUAAAUGUGUUUUCUACCCGGCAGGGUUGAACACCUUCGAGAUUCGUUCUAAUCUCGAUGCUCAUUUGAAACGAAGGCAAUUGGAGAAUGAGAGGUACAAUUCGAGUAAGGAAAUGCUUGAUCGCUAUCAUGAAGAAAUCAAACUUGGCGGUUUUAACGAAAAUUUCGUGUGCUCAGUGUUUGUGAGCUAUGUUGAGAUUUAUAAUAAUUGUUGUUACGACUUGUUGGAAGAUUCGAGAAAUGGAAACAUGACGAAACGCGAAUUGCGGCAUGACAGAAAUCAACAAAUUUUCGUCGAUGGAGCCAAAGAUGUCGAAGUUGAAAGCAGCGAAGAAGCUCUAGAAGUGUUUUGCUUAGGCGAAGAACGCCGGCGUGUUAGUUCCACGCUGCUUAAUAAGGAUUCCUCAAGAUCCCAUUCUGUAUUUACAAUCAAAUUAGUAAUGGCCCCUAGGGCGUAUGAUACCCAAACAAUGAGCCCUGUACAAGACUCCUCGAAAAUCGUUGUUUCGCAAAUGUGUCUCAUCGAUUUGGCGGGAAGCGAGCGUGCAAAACGCACACAAAAUGUCGGUGAUCGUCUCGCUGAAGCCAGCAGCAUCAAUCAAAGUUUGAUGGUUUUGCGCCAAUGUAUUGAAGUAUUACGAAGGAACCAAAGAUCAAUGCAAACGUUCCCUGAGCAGGUGCCAUACCGACAAUCAAAGUUAACACAUUUGGUCAAAAACUAUCUAGAAGGUGAAGGGAUGAUUCGAAUGAUCAUUUGUGUGAAUCCGCGACCGGAAGACUAUGAUGAGAACUUGUCUGCUCUUGCGUUUGCCGAAGAAAGUCAAACAGUAGAAGUUAAAAAGAGCACAGCAGACCGAUUGCAAUCCGAUCGGGUCCCACAUUCGUUUUAUACGGCUUGGAAUUUGGAAAUGGACGCUGCGCUUAUUGAUGUUCGAAGCGAAACUCCCGUCGCUCCAACAUUUUGUAUCAGGGAUUAUGACGAUACCGAAUCGAUUGCUGCCAUGAAAUUGUAUGUAAAUCAACUUUCGAGCUACCGGAACAACGAAAAUGGCGAGGUCGUGGACUGGGUGACAAGCCUUCGCGAAUACAUGAUGACUGCUGACCAUCUGCGCCUCGAAAAUUUACGACUCAAGGAUGAAUUGGAGGCGAAGGACGCGGAAAUUUCGAAACUUCGCGGAUUCUGCAGUAAAUAUAAGAGGGAGAAUCAGUCAUUGAAGCAACGAGUUGUUGAUUGUGAAAAAGAAGAGGAAGAGAAUAAGGCGGCUAUGGAUAAACUUCGUGAGCAGAAGAUGGAGGAUAGAAAGAUUAUUCAGAAUCAGAAGAAGGCUAUGAAAAAGGUGCAAGGCCUUAUCGAGAAUCCGUCGCCGUCAGUGGCGCAUCUUCGUUCGAGAUUUGACAAAGAGAAUGUGGCGCCGAUUCAGACUCCUCCUCCGCCGUAUCAGACGCCGGGGCGGCCGACUUAUCGCAAGAGGAAUGAGAUGACAGCAUCCGCGACUGGAUUAGCCACAACUAAUGGAGCUCCAGGAAGUGGAGGUGGGCAAGGAUAUGUGAAUCCCAAAUAUCACAGAAGAUCAAAAUCCGCUUCUCGUAUUUUGGAUCACCAACCGAUUCACAGGAUUCCCACCGGAAAUAUAUUAUCGUCACGUACACCGACAAACGCAAUUCGCACCACGAAGCCGGAUUUGAGUCAGUUGAACAAGUCCAGCGAAUAUCGGCUUACCCAUCAGGAAGUUGAUAAUGAAGGAAAUAUAAGUACCAAUAUUGUAAAGGGAGAAUGUAUCCCAACUGCUGGCGGUGAAUCUAAAUAUCCUUAUUCCGACGCAAAAAUUGACGCCCAAAAUUCCACCAAAAACUUCGCAACCGAUUACAAAAACGAAGAAACAAACGACUAUUCCAACAACUACGCCAACAACUACGCCAACAACUACGCCAACUACUACGCCAACUACUACGCCAACUACUACGACAACUACUACGACAACUACUACGACAACUACUACGACAACUACUACGACAACUACUACGACAACUACUACGACAACUACUACGCCAACUACUACAACAACCGUUACGCCAACCGCUAUGGCAACCGAAACGUCAACAUCUACGUCUACCACUACGUCAACCCCUACGCCAACCCCUACGCCAACUACUGUCACGUCCAAAGCGUCUUCCCUGAUUAUAGCAUCUAA